UAAACCUCUUGGCUUCCUAACUGGAAGGUCGCGGAUUUGAAUCUCGGUGAAGACUGGAAUUUUGAAUUUCGACCUUUACCUUGUGGAAACCUCGACUUCAUUUUUUUUUAAGUAAAUGUAAAGCCUUAAAAUAGAUUUACUUAUCAAUGGGAGGCGUUAUGCUUUAGGUUGGAGAUACAUGUCUGGGUUUUAGUAAACAAGCAGCUUGGGGGUUUUACUUAGUGAGUCUCUUUGUAGCCUACGAGACUCCCUAGGCUGGCUGUUUAGAUCUAAUUCAUAGAAUUCUCAAGGAUUAAAUGAUUAACAUUAUUUUUUGUUUAAAUCCGUUGCGACAUUAGCUACAUUUAUUUGUCAGAACAAGUGUUUAAAAAAAAUCCAUUGAUUGGUAAGGUUUAUGGUUUCUUAUUCUAUUGAGUUCUUGUAAUGCUCCGAUAUUGGAUUGCAAGGAGUCUUUCUGACAUCACCAUUAACGUGAUUUCACUACUCGUGGACAGACUUACACAAUGAGCAUAUUGUGUUUUGUUACACUUUGACACAAGUGCAGAUGGACCCAAUACUGACUUCUUGUUGAAAUGGUAACGCCUUUAAAAAAAACACACUGCCAUAAUAUCAUAUUGUUACAAAUGAACAGUGAUAGGUAGAGGUCAACGUAUGACCCCGGCGAGAUGACACAGCAGCUAGUGUUCCCUGGAAUCUACAUGUACAAACAAAGACAGGAUGUGACGUGUCCACACGUGUUGUUCCAGGGGACGAACAGAUCUAAGUAGGGGGACAGUUACUAAUGAACAGUGACAGAUAAAGGUCACUACGUGUGACCCCGACUUGAUGACACUGCAGCGAGUGUUUUCUGGAAUCUACGUGUAUAAAUAAAGACAGGAUGUGACGUUUCCUGACAUGUUAUUCCAGAGAAUACUAGGAGUGUUUGUGCAACUUUGGAGAAGCGAUUAGGGACUCUAUAUAAGCCAGAAAGUUAAUGUGAAAGUCAGUCGUAUGGAGUCGUCAGUGAGCCGUUACAGUCGAUACAGACUAUGUAAGACGUGUGCGGCUCUGUGGAAGAGAAAUGUGUACGACUCGAUGCAAGUUAACUAGGGUAGAGUUAACUGGAGUGGACUACUGUCGUUAAAGUCUAUACAGCGAACUACAGUGGACUUGAGCCGUUACAGUCGAUACAGUCGAUGUAAGACGUGUGCGGCUCUGAUGUGGUAGACUAGAGUACGACUUGGUUCAGCUUUGGGAGACCUGGAGCGACACUGGGAAGUGUGUCGUUGGUCUGUUCUGUGGAAUACGGCUCGAUGCAAAUUGAGAAGAGAGGAAUUGCAACGAAGUGAAGAGAUGCAGUGCAACGAAGUAUAGCUAACUGUAAACUGACAGAUAUUGUACAGUCUUCUACGCUACACGUUACAGUAACGAAUUGUUAGAGUUAAUAGUCAUUAAAGUUAUAUGAAACUGAAAGUUUAGUCGUCAAGUUAUUAGAGUUAAUAGUCAUUAAAGUUAUAUGAUACUGAAAGUUUAGUCGUCAAGUUCUUUGCUGUGUUUUUAUUUGUGUGCCAACUAAUACAUCUAGCCAGAAGAUUCAGAAAUACGUAACAAUUGGUGUCAGAAGUGGGAUCUUUCUGGCUAGAAUGUGUUCCAUCAAACUUCUUAAUGAACUUGACAUGAAAGAACUUAGACAAGAGCUUCGAGAAAGAGGUCUACAGCUUAACGGAAAUAAGGAAACGCUUACAGCACGUCUCAGACAAGCCCUGUUGGAGGAAGAUGAGAAUCCGGACACUUGCCAAUUUGAAAUCAAACCUAAUACGAUGGAGCUCCUGAGAACCUUGCAAUACAAAAUGAACUCGGUGAAAGAGAGCAUUAAGGAGAUAGAAUCAGAAAUCAACACCAGAUUUUCUUCAUUUAACCAGUUGACCAAAGCCAUGAAUGAAAAUGAACAAAUAGCUACCACGCCCAACAAGACAGAAGAACAAAUAAAAGAUCAAACGAGAAUCAUGAUUAAUGAGCUGCUGAACACUCAGCAGUAUCAGAUUGAGUCGACAGAUGAAAGAGCUACACCAUUGAUGAACAGCGAACAAUUGUCCAACCAAGAAUGUGGCGAUACAGACAAUUACGAUAAAGAAGCUGGUGAUGGCUGUGCUGUCUGUGACUGUGAUAGCAAACCAAACGAAUGUGGCCAACAAGAAAUGAAAAGAGACGGUAGCUGUUUCUGUUUCAACGAAAAGCAGAAUGAGACCGCUGAAGAAACAAUAGAAGAGACCUAUAGUUUGACCGAAGCUUUAGCUACAGAUAAACCUGAUAUGAGUACCUCAACCAGCCAAACAGAUCAAGACAACGUUGGGUCUGCGUCCAAGCCUGUUGCUGUGGGCCUUAAAGACUUCUGUCUUCUAUCUGCCAGUGUCUACGAGAGGAACUCGAAGCUUGAUUACUGCAGCUAUGUGUUUGACAAGAACUGUACGUACGUAGCUUUAGAAGAAGACUGUGAAUGCCAAGAAAUACACCAGCAAGGUCUGGACUUAACAGAAGCUUGUCCAGCUGUCAAGAUCAGCGCGAGAAGCCCUGGUCAAAGUCAAGGAAUUACAAUAGAAACUGAUGCUGAAGUUGAUGGACCUUUGCACGUUGAAUGUUAUCAACCUGCCCCACAGUCGAGUCCUCCAGACUCGGAUGAAGGUGAUGACGUGUUUGACAACUUGCCUUCAAGUGGACUUGCAGCUCAUUCGCAUAGCACCCAUCGAAGAAUAAUGCUGAAACAACUUGUUAGAUCAACAGUCUUGAUGACUACAGCCAUGAAAUGCAAUACCUUCCUAUGUGCUAUGUGGCUGCCAUCAGCAUUAAUUGACAAGAGAGUAAGACAACGACAUCAACGCAACCAAAGAAAUUUCAAAUGGAGGAAGCGGAGAAAGCGACACAUGCAGAGUGCAAUGUGGAUGGCCCCAACAAGAUCAAGAUACAAACCCACCCCUUCUCCCACUGAUAGACCCCCACCUGCAUUUAUGAAACUCCAUAGCCCAUGUUGUUAGAAAACAAGCCCACCACUUCUCCCACUGAUAGACCCCCACCUGCACUAACGAAACUCCAUAGCCCAUGUUGUUAGAAAGAUUCUGUCCGGAACCAUCAGACCAAAGAAGAAAGCCUUACGAAUCAGUUGAAAGUAUGAAGCCACUAAAGAAUAAUCUAAGAACAUUCCUCAUUAGAAUAGGUUUGAUGAAGUAUAACAGAGGUUUUAGAAGAACGAUAAUCAAGUCAGAAGCAAGAAUGACAGAACUAGUUUAAGAUGCCAGAACUGUGAAGUGAGUAACCAUCUGAGAUAGAACUGUACAAAUAAAACUGUGCGAGAAGAGCAACCCAACAGGCAUCGUACAAACCCAAAGUCAGUUGCUGUUGUAAGAAGAACAUGUGAAUAAUGCUGUACUGUAAUGAACCUGGUCAUCUCUGAAGAAGCUCUGGAAAAAGCCCUAACCCAUCUGUAAAAAGAUGCUUGAAAAUGUAAAACUCAGCCAGUGAAGCACGAACUCGUUAGAAUGCUGAUGAAUUUUCUCGACAAGAGUGCCCAAUGUCGUCAUCUGAAGGUCGAUGUUUCCAUACCAAGAUUGAUGAAAACAUUUGUGAGGAACUGCUGAAAAAUGAGGAUUUGGCUCCCAUUCUUCUAUGGAAAGAAGAUGGACAUCGGCCAGAUUGAAAGAACAUCUCUGAGAAGGGGGCAACCUCCAAAGCUUCCUACUUGAUCGUCGAUCGAUUUCAUCAGUAUCGUGAUGAAGUAGAAUCUGUUCGGGACGAACAGAUCUAAGAAGGGGGCAGUGUUACAAAUGAACAGUGAUAGGUAGAGGUCAACGUAUGACCCCGGCGAGAUGACACAGCAGCUAGUGUUCCCUGGAAUCUACAUGUACAAACAAAGACAGGAUGUGACGUGUCCACACGUGUUGUUCCAGGGGACGAACAGAUCUAAGUAGGGGGACAGUUACUAAUGAACAGUGACAGAUAAAGGUCACUACGUGUGACCCCGACUUGAUGACACUGCAGCGAGUGUUUUCUGGAAUCUACGUGUAUAAAUAAAGACAGGAUGUGACGUUUCCUGACAUGUUAUUCCAGAGAAUACUAGGAGUGUUUGUGCAACUUUGGAGAAGCGAUUAGGGACUCUAUAUAAGCCAGAAAGUUAAUGUGAAAGUCAGUCGUAUGGAGUCGUCAGUGAGCCGUUACAGUCGAUACAGACUAUGUAAGACGUGUGCGGCUCUGUGGAAGAGAAAUGUGUACGACUCGAUGCAAGUUAACUAGGGUAGAGUUAACUGGAGUGGACUACUGUCGUUAAAGUCUAUACAGCGAACUACAGUGGACUUGAGCCGUUACAGUCGAUACAGUCGAUGUAAGACGUGUGCGGCUCUGAUGUGGUAGACUAGAGUACGACUUGGUUCAGCUUUGGGAGACCUGGAGCGACACUGGGAAGUGUGUCGUUGGUCUGUUCUGUGGAAUACGGCUCGAUGCAAAUUGAGAAGAGAGGAAUUGCAACGAAGUGAAGAGAUGCAGUGCAACGAAGUAUAGCUAACUGUAAACUGACAGAUAUUGUACAGUCUUCUACGCUACACGUUACAGUAACGAAUUGUUAGAGUUAAUAGUCAUUAAAGUUAUAUGAAACUGAAAAUUUAGUCGUCAAGUUAUUAGAGUUAAUAGUCAUUAAAGUUAUAUGAUACUGAAAGUUUAGUCGUCAAGUUCUUUGCUGUGUUUUUAUUUGUGUGCCAACUAAUACAUCUAGCCAGAAGAUUCAGAAAUACGUAACAAUAUGAUAUAAUAGACCUUUUAUCUGA